AUGGCCUACAGUCAGAAAUUCAAUCCCGAUGCACUGCCAGCACACAUAGAACCUGACAAGGCUGCGGAGUUGUUAGCCAACGCACAUAGACCUUCACCCCAAGCUCAACAACACACCCAUCAUCAUCAUCAUAAUCACGAACAAAGACCACCUCCUCCGCCCAAAUCAUCUGCGCCCGCUACUGGCAUCCCUUCUCGCAAAACCCCGCCUACCGGAACAUUGCCGCAUCCCGCGUCGCAUAGCUAUGGCAGCCGACCACCCAAUGCCGGCGCACCAACGAAUCUUCGCCCUUUAGCAGACGACCAUGCGUCGCGCUUCCAUUCUCCUCCCCCUCCAAACUAUGGACACGGUCCUCGUCCCAAUCCGAACGUACUAGGGCGUCCUCCGCAACACCCUCUACCCCCAUCAUCGCCUGCCGCCAACGGCCCUCCCCUUGCUGGGCCCACGUCCGACGACCCUCACCAACUACUGCCCCUGUUUCGCGCAGCCAAUGUAUCCAGGACAGGAGCUCUCACAGAAGCAGAGCUCGGAUCUGCAUUGGUGAACGGCGACUAUUCCGCAUUUGACCCCAACACCGUAAAAACAAUGGUCCGCAUGUUCGAUCGAAACGGCAAUGGCGUAAUUGGUUUCGACGAAUUUGUUUCUCUAUGGCGUUUUCUCGCGGCAUGGCGGGAGAUUUUUGAUCGAUUUGACGAAGACCGGAGCGGGCGCAUAAGCUUUGAUGAAUUCGAGAAGGCGCUUGUCGCGUUUGGAUACAGGCUUAGUCGUACGUUUAUUCGCGUGUUGUUUACGGCGUUUGAGAGUAAAGGGAGACGGCGGGCGGUUUCGGUGACAACUCCAUAUCCCGCCCAGCAGCCGCAGCGGGGGAUGAGCUUUGAUCUGUUUGUGCAGGCGUGCAUCAGUUUGAAGCGCAUGACGGAGGUUUUCAAACGCUAUGACGAUGACCGGGAUGGAUACAUAACGGUUAGUUUCGAGGAGUUUUUGACGGAAUUUCUGCAGUUGCAGGAAUAA